UGUAAGGCCUUGGUCUGCACUCUGGAUUUCUUAGCCCUCGUAAGACUGCCAAGUUCUUGAAACAAACGCCAAUAUAACAAGUAAUUCUGGAGUGCUAUGCUGUAAUACAGCAAAGAGAAACACGUAUCAGUUAUUCUUCGAUGCUGCAAAUGUAUUUGCAUGUUAACCAUGCACUGUAGCACAGAUUCUCCAAUAUAUAUCCACACAGGUUCACAACCAUAUCAGAGAUGACUGGAAAUGCUAAAACAUUUUUUUCCUCUCUAUGUUUUAUAUGCAUAUAUAAAAUAUGCGCAGAUCUAAGAAAAAGAAUCGUUACGCUGGGUGAGACCAAAGGUCCACGGGGCAGGAGGAAUGAAGCCAUCCAGUCGCUGAUAGCAGGCAUGGACAGAUGCCUAGAGAAAAGUUCAACAGGUCAAGCACAUAAUGACACUUUUCCCAAGUACUCACACAUUCAACAGCCCUGUAUGAAUUCUCCCACUGCUGAACUACAGCCUCCCCAGAGCACAAAGAGAGGCCGCUGGUUUUAGUCUUUUUAGGGACAUAUACAUCGACAUCAACGUUACAUCUGUACGUGCCAAACUGUUAAUUUGUUUGCAUUGAACAGCUGCCAAGAACUGUGCUUCCACUGUACGGAAAGGGUAAAACCCCACCUUUGAUACUGGAAUACCUCAGAAGCCACCACCCCGUGCCACCACACCUCAGCACGGGCUCCGCCCGAGCUCCCGUGGGUCUCUGAGGUGCCCAACAAAGCUCCCGGCAGGCCCCGUGUGUGUGGCGAGGAAGGGGUGACGAGCCCAUGUUCCCGCGGGAGCUCUGGACGCUGCAGUGCCGCACGGGACAGGGAAACGAAGAGGGAAAGGAACAGGGAGAGUCCCGCGCCCCGAUCCCACAGGGAGCACGGGCACACGGCGCACCCCGCACCCGCGCCCCGAGGGGCGGGGCCGGCCCGGGGCUGGGCGGGGCCUUGGCACCCGGCCCGCCUCGUGCCGCCGCGCUCGCGCUCCACCUCCCGCCCCGCCCCGCCUGUGGCGCGCGGUCGUGCGUCAAUGCAAAUAAGCGGCGCGCGAGGCGAAGGGGCGGGGCGAUCCCCCUCCCCCGCCCCCAGUGAGCGCCUGACGGGAUCACAGGCGGCCGCAGAAAGCGGCGUCACGGCUGCCCCUGCCCAGUCUGCUGGGAUAAAAGCCGCUGCCGCAAAACGAAAUAAAAUCUCUUUAUUUCAGGUGUUUCUCUCUUGAUGAUAGAAAAGUCGUCGAAGCCCAAUGAGAACCUUCCUUGCCCAAGCGGCCUACAGGGCUGGCACCUCCCUCUGGCUGAAGUGGUAGCACCCACCCGGCCCGUCGGCGCCAGGGGGGCGGGCUCCGGGCCUGAUGCAUUAUUCAUGACGGGGCAGGCCCACAGGCUUUUAUUACCAGGGUCCGCCGGGCUGGGGCGGUGCCUGUGACGUCACUGUGACGGAUGUUCCGGCGGUCUUAAGGGCGCCGCGGCGGCUCCGAGCCGGCAGCGGGGCGGGGGCGGUCGGGGGGCAGCAGGAGCCUCGCUGAGGAGACCGGGUCGCCUGCCCUGUGGAGGUACCGGCGGCCACCCCUCCUUCCCUCCCCGCCAGUGCCAGGCCCGGGAAUGCCCCGCUGUCCCUCUGCGUUGCGGUGUGGCGGCUGGGGGGGUCGGACGGAGGAGUUUCUGUCCGGGGGCAGUGACCUGUCCGGGCGAAUUCCUGAUCUAGUGGAUCUCUCUGGGUGCGACUGCAGGCGGGAAGGGCCGCCUUACCGGGGGUCCCAGUAAACGAAAAGGAAAUCUCCGAUAAAAAUGGGCUUGUAUCAAAAACCUGCAAUAUUUUUAAAGCAGUACAGUGGCGUUGAUGGGAAAGAAGAGAGCUUUAUUCUAUAAAUAAGCUAUUUCGGGACUUACAUAGUGUUUUGCGAUAGGCGGGUGUUUAAACUCUACCCCCGCCCCCCAACACUUCGCCACAAAGAUUAUUAAUUAUCUUUGUCUCUUUAGUGUGCUGAGGUGGGGGUUCACCUCUGCGCCGAGCCGGUGUCAGGGGAGCUCCCGCAGCCGGCCACCUCAGCCCCUGCCCACCGCCGGGUCCUUCCCCUCCCCGGAGCGGCCGCAGCCGCCUCGCCUCAUUCCUCCUGCCCCUUGCCGCCCGCUGUAGCCGGUUCGUCCGGCAGCCGGGUCGCCGCUGCCCGCCCUGUUUCCCCUCAGCCGUCGCUGCUGCGCAUCAUCAAAACAUGCAGGAUGAGCUGCUCCUGGGGGUGACACAGCAGCAACCAGGCAGCGAGAGGCUGGGCAGCAGCCCCGCGUCGGGACACCCCCCUCUCGGCCACCCCUCCUCUGACUUUAAACCCUGUCUCAGCCCCCACCAGGAUUUAAACAAGCAGCAAGCGCAGCAACCACAGCCGCCGCCUCCUCAGCUGAGCCAGAAGAGGAAAGAGUUUAAGCAGCAGCUCAGCAGCCCAGCCCAGCUCGGCAGCAGCCACCCCCUGAAUAACCACCACCCCCCAGACUAUCAUCACCACCCCCCUCAGCAGCAGCAGCAGCAGUUCAGCCACCCCACUGACAAGUACCAGCAGCAGGAGCACAGGCAACAGCAGCAGCUCCAGCUCCUCAGCGCUCAGCCCCCGGAGCCGCCGCGGACGGGGGAUCACUCGCACCACCGGCCCGUCGGCCCCGCCGAGCACCAGGGCGGCGCGGACAGGGGGGGGUUGGAGCGGCUCGCCCCUUCCUGCCCGGGGGGAUCGGCGUCCGCGGACCCCAAUGUGGGGGUGGCCGCCGCCUCCUGCGUGAAUCCGCCUUCGUCUCCUCAUCUGCAGGCGAGAGCCAAGCUGCCCCCCAUGGAGUCCCCCCCGAACAGCCACUUACUGGGCAGCCCCGGGAACCUCCUGCCCGGCGGGCUCGGCUCUGGCUUCAGCAGCCUGCAGAGCCCGGAGAUCCCCAGCCCCCAUCACCAGAGCGGGGGCGGCUCCUCCUCGGCGGCUUCCCCUCCUCCUCCGCCGCUGCCCGGCUUCGGCACCCCCUGGUCGGUGCAGACCUCGUCGCCGCCUCCGCAGCAGACGCAGCAGCCUCCGGUCUCCAGUGGCGGCGGCGGGCAAAUCAGCGCGAUGCCACCCCCGAGCCCGGAGUCCGAGACCAGCUUCUACCCGGGGAUCCCGUCAUCGAUCAACCCCGCUUUCUUCCAGAGCUUCUCGCCGGUGUCUCCUCACAACCCCUGCGCCGGGCCCUUCAGCAGCCCCUUCUCGGCCGCCGCCCCCCCGCCGCCGAUGAAUUUACCUCAGCAGCAGCAGCAGCAGCAACAGCAGAACCGGAGAUCCCCUGUGAGCCCCCAGCUCCAGCACCAACACCAGGCGGCGGCCGCAGCCGCCGCCUUCCUGCAGCAGAGAAACUCCUACAACCACCACCAGCCUCUUCUGAAGCAGUCACCCUGGAGCAAUCAGAGCAGCGGCUGGAGCACAGGAAAUAUAUCCUGGGGAGGAAUGCAUGGCAGAGACCAUCGUAGAACUGGAACCAUGGGAAUUCCAGGAACUAUGAACCAGAUCUCUCCUUUGAAGAAACCCUUUUCUGGUAAUGUCAUAGCUCCUCCUAAAUUUACUCGCUCUACUCCAUCACUGACACCAAAAUCGUGGAUUGAAGAUAAUGUUUUCCGAACUGACACCAACAGUAAUACUCUCCUUCCUUUGCAGGAUCGAAAUAGAAUGUAUGACAGUCUGAAUAUGCACUCUUUGGAAAACUCCCUUAUUGACAUUAUGAGAGCAGAGCAUGAUCCACUUAAAGGUCGCUUGAGUUAUCCACAUCCGGGGACUGACAAUCUUCUGAUGUUAAAUGCGAGGAGUUAUGGGCGAAGACGAGGCCGUUCUUCCCUCUUCCCAAUAGAUGAUGGCUUGCUGGAUGAUGGUCACAGUGAUCAAGUUGGAGUCUUGAAUUCCCCUACCUGUUACUCAGCUCAUCAGAACGGAGAGCGAAUUGAGCGUUUCUCUCGGAAAGUGUUCGUUGGAGGUCUUCCACCGGAUAUUGAUGAAGAUGAAAUUACUGCCAGCUUCAGACGAUUUGGGCCCUUGGUAGUAGAUUGGCCUCACAAAGCAGAGAGCAAGUCCUAUUUUCCACCAAAAGGUUACGCAUUCCUCCUGUUCCAAGAAGAGAGUUCUGUACAGGCCUUGAUUGAUGCCUGCAUUGAAGAGGAUGGAAAGCUCUAUCUGUGUGUUUCCAGCCCCACUAUCAAGGACAAGCCAGUUCAGAUCCGUCCCUGGAAUCUAAGUGAUAGUGACUUUGUGAUGGAUGGUUCGCAGCCACUUGAUCCUAGGAAAACAAUUUUUGUUGGAGGAGUCCCUAGACCAUUAAGAGCUGUGGAAUUGGCUAUGAUCAUGGACCGUCUCUACGGGGGAGUUUGUUACGCAGGAAUUGACACUGACCCUGAGCUGAAAUACCCAAAAGGUGCUGGGCGUGUUGCUUUUUCCAAUCAGCAGAGUUACAUUGCUGCCAUCAGUGCUCGGUUUGUUCAACUUCAGCAUGGCGAUAUUGAUAAACGAGUGGAGGUAAAGCCAUACGUGUUGGAUGACCAGAUGUGUGACGAGUGCCAGGGUGCGCGAUGCGGUGGGAAGUUUGCUCCUUUCUUUUGUGCCAAUGUCACUUGCCUGCAGUAUUACUGUGAGUUUUGUUGGGCAAAUAUCCACUCUCGUGCAGGACGUGAAUUCCAUAAGCCAUUGGUAAAGGAGGGGGCUGACCGCCCACGUCAGAUCCACUUCCGCUGGAAUUAAACAUGGUGAACCAGCAUCUACAUAAGGAGAGAAGGGUGCAUGUGGCUUACUGUGUUUGAAGAUACUGACAUGCAGAAGAAAUAAGUGCAUUCUUCUGCUUUUCACCCCAGCUAUCAAUACAUGCAUCUUUAUCAGCAGCCAAAACACUACAAGCCUCUUGUUUUUCACCAAAACCCUACAUCUCAGGCUUACUAAUUUUUGUGAUAUUUUCAUGUUAAAAUAAAAUGUUUUUUUGUAUUUUCUCCAAGUUAU